AUGACCAGUUCCUCCACCACAGAUGAGGUCCCUCCCCGGACCUCCAGCCCAGCCGCCGCCCCUGACUCAGAGCCAGAGCCAGGACCAGAGCCAGAACCAGAGCAAGACACAACCCAACCCGCAACCACCUCCGCGACAGCAACCGCCCCAGCAUACUCUCCCAUCUACGCUACCGCAGAACCCAGCGACCUCCCAACCCAAGCAACCAAUUCCCUGGACACCCAAGUGCCAUUGACACCCGCAGCAGCCACUACCACCAUUACAACUGCCACGGAAGACCCUCCAGCUACAUCUACAUCUACAUCUACAUCCCCACCACCACCCCAACCAGGCGCCCACCCUAUCCCUCCCCCGACAUCCUCCACUAACCACCCAGCUCCAACAUCCACGUCAGACAAUCAUUCACCACCACCACCUGCACCAAAACCAGCCGACCCUCCUCUUCCACCAACCAUCACACCCGCACCAGCACCAGCACCAGCACCAACACCCCCAUCCAGCCACCCCCACCCCCAAACCUACAGCUACAGCUACAGCUACGGCAGCUACCGCCCACCAACCCAAACCAACCCCAACUCGACCACAACACCCUACGGCUCCCUGUACCAGCCUCCCACAACAGCUACCACGACGGCCACUACGACAGUGACUUCUGCGGGGGCGCAGCUGCCGCUGCAUUAUGAGCCGGAUGCGUCGUCGUCGGGGAGGGUGGAUUUGGGUGAUGCGGAGGGUGGUGAAGAUGGAGUGUGGGGGUGGAUGAGGUGGGCGGGACGGAAGUUGGGGGAGGUGGAGGCGGAGGUGUGGAGGAGGAUUAAUGAGGUUCAUGAUCGGUGA